AUGUUGACUGAUUCCCACAUAUUGGGGAAAUAUCAAUAUAAAUCAAAUCAGAAGGCAAAAAGCAUUAUGAGUUCCCAACGCGGAAAUGUGUCUAGAACAAGAAAACAAAAGCAUACGAACACCAUAAGUUAUAAAAAUAAUAAGCAUGGUGAAACACCUAAAACUAAAGCAUUGAAUAGUUUGCAGAUAUGCAACGUCUGUUCCCACUGCAAGGACGUACUGGAGUGGAAAAUAAAAUACAACAAGUACAAGAUGCUGAGUGCUCCUGCAAAAUGCACAAAAUGCCAAGAGAAGACUGUGAAGCAGGCUUACUCCAUUCUUUGCCAGCCUUGUGCAGAAAAACUAGAGUUGUGUGCCAAAUGUGGAAAAAAGGAAGAAAUUGUGUGUCGACCAGAACCCACUGUAGCUGAAAAAGCACAAAUGGAAGCGAAGUUCCAAAUGGAACUAAAAUCCUUGAGUGAAAGAAAGCGUCGAACAUUCUUGAGAUAUCUUGAUCGUCUUGGUAAAGCCAAGGAUGAAGAUGAUGGUGAGAUAGAAUCAGGAGAAACAAAACGAAAACCCACUAAUUGGAUGGAGGAAGCUGAAAAACGCCUAGAACUUUUGAAACUUCGGGUAGAAAAAGAUGGAGAGGAUGAUGAUGACGAAGAAGAUGAUGAUUGGGAUGAUUUUGGUAGUCCAGAUGAAGACUUAAUUAAUGAAAAGCAAUCUAAAAUGCGUAUCGAAUUAGUUAUUCUGGGCAGUCUUGUUUUGUCUACAUCAGUUGUUGGAAAUGCGUAUUACCAAAAAAAGCAAUUUUAUCCUUCAGUGGUUCACAUCACAAAAUCCAAUCCUAGCAUGAUGGUAAUGUACAUUCAAGCCCUAGUCAUUGUAGUUUUGCUAGGAAAGCUGAUGAAGAAAAUAUUUUUUGGGCAGCUGAGAGCUGCUGAAGUUGAGCAUCUUAUUGACCGGUCAUGGUAUGCCAUCACAGAAACAUGUUUGGCUUUCACUGUGUUUCGAGAAGAUUUUUCUACCAAAUUUGUCGCCCUGUUCACCGUUCUCCUGUUCCUUAAAGCAUUUCAUUGGCUGGUUGAGGACAGAGUUGAUUAUAUGGAAAGAAGUCCCAUAAUCUCCUGGUUAUUUCAUUUUAGAGUAACAUCAUUGCUUUUGGUUUUGGGGGUUCUGGACUGGCAUUUCAUUCAAGUGGCAUACUAUGCCACUCUGACUCAGGGAGCUUCAGUUCAACUGGUAUUUGGCUUUGAAUAUGCCAUUCUAUUGACUAUGGUAGCAAUGGUAACCGUUAAGUAUGCCCUCCAUACGUACGAUAUCAACCGUGAAAAUCCCUGGGAGGAUAAAGCCGUCUUCUUGCUGUAUGCAGAACUUGCCAUAGGGUUCAUUAAAGUCAUCCUAUACAUGAUGUUCAUGUUAAUCAUGAUUCGAGUGUAUACUCUACCGCUGUUUGCAGUGCGACCAAUGUACCUAGCUAUGAGAUCGUUUAAAAAAGCGCUAAGUGAUGUAAUCCUUUCACGGCGAGCCAUUCGCAAUCUAAACACACUUUAUCCUGACGCCACAACAGAAGAUUUGGCUAACACAGACAACGUCUGCAUUAUUUGCAGAGAAGAAAUGGUUACAGGAGCUAAAAAGUUACCAUGCAACCACAUCUUCCAUGCCACUUGCCUUCGAUCAUGGUUCCAGAGGCAGCAAACUUGCCCAACAUGCCGACUCGAAGUUUUGCGUGCACCUGGAAACCCUAUUGGAAACCCAGCUCCCCCAGCUGCGGCUAAUAUGAGGCCCCCUCAACAGCAAGCCGCGCCAUCUCCUCCUCCUCUCCAGGCAGCCGCAAAUGCACCGCAAGCAGCUCCUGUUCAACCGCCGCUACCGCCUUUCAUCCCUCCUCAUCAUCCAUUCAAUUUUCCGUUUCCCAUGCCGAACAUACCACAACAAGCUGGUGCAAACGAUGCUCGCUACGUUCCAGACGCAAAUGGACAACGUCCUGUAAUGCCACCACCGUUUUCCCUUCCUCCAUUCAUGCCAUUCGUUGUUCCACCUCCGAGACCGCCUGCAAACCUAGGCGCACUCAGUGAUGCUGAAUUGCGCGCAAUGGAAGGACAGGAAAGGCGACACCUGGAAGCAAGGAUCCGUGUGCUCAGGGACAUACAAACUUUGCUUGACGCGGCUGUGCUUCAGAUGAAUCAGUAUGGAAUUCUAGUGGCACGCCUAGAACACGAAUCCAAUAAUAACACUGAAACUGUAAGAAGCACCGGAGAAGAAGCUCCAGCGGCAUCUGGCCAGCAGGCGGAGGAACAACAACCAGGCGUCAGUGCAACUUCUCCACCAGUGGAAAAUGAAGUUUUGACCCCGGAAGAAGAAACUAACUUGAGUGACCAGGAAAGAUUAAGACGUCGACGUGUACAGAGAUUUAUGAAUGGCGGAGAGCAAAACUAGAUGUUUACUCGUUUUCAAGGAAUUAUAUUUAUAAAGGGUGUUCACGUAAAGAAAAUUUAUUUGGUUGUAUCCCUUCGUGUGUUCUUUUGCCUCAUAAGUAGGAUACCCAUUCAAAUGUAUCCUUGUAAAUAAUUCCUCCAUUGCUUGGUAUUGGGUGGGACAUGGACUGUCAAAUGUGACGACGUUUGUAACUAAUACAUGUAUUUUACCUUUUCA